CUGGAGCAGUGAGGGGGCUGGCGAUCGAGGGACAGCGGCUGCGCGGCGGAGGCGGAGGGGCCGCGGGCGCCAUGGAGGGGGUGCUGUACAAGUGGACCAACUAUCUGAGCGGUUGGCAGCCUCGAUGGUUCCUGCUCUGUGGGGGGAUACUAUCCUAUUAUGAUUCGCCUGAAGAUGCCUGGAAAGGUUGCAAAGGGAGCAUCCAAAUGGCGGUGUGUGAAAUUCAAGUUCAUUCUGUAGAUAACACGCGCAUGGACCUGAUCAUCCCCGGGGAGCAGUACUUCUACCUGAAAGCCAGAAGCGUGGCGGAGAGGCAGCGGUGGCUGGUAGCCCUGGGAUCAGCCAAGGCUUGCCUGACAGACAGUAGGACCCAGAAGGAAAAGGAGUUCGCGGAAAACACUGAAAACUUGAAAACCAAAAUGUCGGAACUAAGACUCUACUGUGACCUCCUUGUUCAGCAAGUGGAGAAAACAAAAGAAGUGACCACAGCGGGUGUGUCCAAUUCUGAGGAGGGAAUUGAUGUGGGAACACUGCUGAAGUCAACGUGCAAUACUUUUCUGAAGACCUUGGAAGAAUGCAUGCAGAUUGCGAACGCAGCCUUCACGUCCGAGCUGCUCUACCGCACUCCGCCCGGGUCCCCGCAGCUGGCCAUGCUCAAGUCCAGCAAGGUGAAACAUCCUAUUGUACCGAUUCAUAAUUCACUGGAAAGGCAAAUGGAGUUAAACAAUUGUGAAAAUGGAUCUUUAAGUAUGGAAAUAAAUGAUGAUGAAGAAAUCCUAAUGAAAAACAAGAGUUCCUUAUAUUUGAAAUCUGCAGAGAUUGAUGGCAGCAUAUCAAGUGAGGAGAAUACAGAUGAUAAUGUAACAGCCCAAAGUGAAAUAAUGAAGGAAGAUGGAGAGGAAGACUCAGGAAAUCAUGACAACGUGGCACAGCCUGGACCAAGCCCCCCCAGUAACUCUUCAGAACCCCACUGGGAGGAAGGCCAAGAAGUUAUCCCAACUUUCUUCAGUACCAUGAACACCAGCUUUAGUGACAUAGAACUUCUGGAAGACAGUGGCAUUCCCACAGAAGCUUUCUUGGCAUCGUGUUACGCUGUGGUUCCAGUACUGGACAAACUUGGCCCUACGGUGUUUGCUCCUGUUAAAAUGGAUCUUGUUGGAAAUAUUAAGAAAGUGAAUCAGAAGUACAUAACCAACAAGGAGAAGUUUGCCACCCUCCAGAAGAUCGUGCUGCACGAAGUGGCGGCCGACGUGGCCCAGGUCAGGAACUCGGCCACCGAAGCCCUCUUGUGGCUGAAGAGAGGUCUUAAAUUUUUGAAAGGAUUUUUAACAGAAGUAAAAAAUGGAGAAAAGGAUAUCCAGACAGCCCUGAAUAACGCCUACGGGAAGACUCUACGGCAGCACCACGGCUGGGUCGUCCGAGGCGUCUUUGCGUUAGCGUUGAGAGCCGCUCCAUCCUAUGAAGAUUUUGUGGCCGCGUUAAGCAUAAAGGAAGGUGACCACCAGAAAGCAGCUUUCAGUGUCGGGAUGCAGAGGGAUCUCAGCCUCUACCUCCCUGCCAUGGAAAAGCAGCUGGCCAUCCUGGACACUCUGUAUGAGGUGCAUGGACUGGAGAGUGACGAGGUGGUAUGAUGUCUGCGGGACAGCACGCCUCCUGCCUUCAGGGAAUCGAGUUUGCUGCCGUGUUUCAUUGCCCAACUUAAUUUCCAGCAGCAGCUUCAACCCUCUUUGCCCCUUACUGGGGCCGGGGGGCGGGGCAAAACCUAGUGCUUUUAUAUGUAAUUUUUUUAAUGCAUAUGUAUGUUUUGUGUGUUUAAAAAUCAAGGUGCUAUCUAUUUCAGUUCAAAGGGCCUCCUGGAAACCAAAUCGCAGCUGUCAUAUAGACUUGCGCAGCAAGUUAUAAGAGCAGAUUUGACGAAUGAAUUUGUCGGUACUGUUUUGUUUUGUUUUUAGCCUUGAGUUUCAAUGGGCCACCCAAACCCGAGCUGCAAGUGAGCAGAUUCUCCAUCAAGCACUGUAACUCAUAGCCAGUGUUUCCAUCAACUCAGAAUUAGACUAAAAACCUGGAGGGAGCUGAGCCCCUCUGUGGAAGCUGUUGAAACAUAGAGUUUGCCAUCCCCAGACGUUCGUCAGAGAAUCUUCUCUGUGGCUCCGUGGGCGAUGUGCGCCUGUGUAGUCCGCGUGUGACCUAGCACCCACCCUUGUUCCUGUGCAUUAUGGCAAGUGGACAGCACAGCAAAACUGUGACAUUCAGGGAUUGUUAUCCAAUUUCAAAAGUGAGCACAAAAAGAUUUAUGUGCUCACCAUGACACAGCCUCUAAACAGAGGGACAGGUGACCCCAGGUGGGAUCCAGACUGUGUCUGCAUCAAAAGCACCUAGAGUGCUUGUUCCAAAAGCAAAUUCCCAGGUCUCACCCUGACCUGAAGGACCAGAUCACAUGGGUGGGACUCAGGAAUCUGCAUUUGAAUACUUUUCAAGGGAUUCGUGUACACAGAGACUUGAAGAACCAUGAGAUUAAAUUGUAGUUUACAGAAUAUCCAGUCUUCUGCAUGAACUUAUUGAUGUGUCCUUUUUUUCAAAGAAGAGGAGGCAACUGUGGAUGUAAAACAGUUAA